GUUUAUAAAACCAAGCAGGCAGAGUUUCUUAGUACGACGCAGCGACAAGGAUGAUGAUCGGAGAACCAAACCGCCACCCAAAUCCGACGGUCCACGUUCCUCCCUGGACCUUCCCCGACGACCCAACGGCCGUCGAUACGUCCUUCCCUUUCCCCGUCACUUGCAUUUCCGUCAAUACCACCAAAAAUGCCGACGAAUUAUUCUCUCCGCUCGACGCCCUAGCUGCCCUCCACCAGUACCUCCCGUCGAACGAGCCCGAUUACGACUCCGACGGGUUGGGUUUUGACUCGGAUCUUUACCAGAAUUUAUUCUGUUGCGACCAGUUUAGGAUGUACGAGUUCAAGAUCAAGAAGUGCACCCGCGCCCGGUCGCACGACUGGACGGAGUGCCCGUUCGCUCACCCGGGCGAGAAGGCCCGGCGCCGCGACCCGAGGAAGUCCCACUACUCGGGUGCGGCCUGCCCCGACUUCCGGAAAGGAACUUGUAAGAAAGGCGACGCGUGCGAGUACGCGCAUGGGGUUUUCGAGUGCUGGCUGCACCCUUCGAGGUACCGGACCCAACCGUGCAAGGACGGGUCGAACUGCCGCCGCCGGGUCUGCUUCUUCGCCCAUUCGCCGGACCAGUUAAGGGUCUUGAGCCCGGGUUCGGGUCACGUGGAGUCGUAUGACGGGUCGCCGCAUAGACUUGCUAUGGAGAGUUCGUGUGGACGAGGGUUGUGUCUGUCAACCGAGUCACCGCCAGUGAGUGACUCACUGAGUCGCUCGCUGGGUUCGAACUCGCUCAGCGAAUUGGUGCGUCGGUUACAGCUGAACAAGGUCAAGUCAAUGCCCUCUUCUUGGGGUGUUCAGAUGGGGUCUCCUAGGUUUGCCCUGACCCGACCCGUUUUCUCAAGUUUGCCAACUACCCCGACUAACAGAACCGGGUCUUUUGAUCACUUUGAGAAAGUUGGGUCCGGGUCGGAGGAGGAACCCGUGAUGGAGAGGGUGGAGUCGGGUAGGGGCCUUAGGGCGAAGAUGUUCGAGAAACUAAGCAGGGAGAAUCCGUUGGAUCGGGUCGACGCUACACCGGUUUUUUCGGGUCCGGAUGUCGGGUGGGUAUCCGAACUGGUAAAGUGAAAGUCUGGUUCUUGUGGGUUUUUGGGGGUAUUUUGUUCCUUCUCUCUCUCUCUAUCCCUCUAUCUAAUGUGAAUACUAAUAUAUAUAUAUAGAGAGAGAGAAGCUUAUGGGAUAGUAGGAUUAUUUUGGAAGCAACAAUUGGAAGAUUAUGUACAUAUUUAUGCAUGCAGAUAUAUAAUAUAUAUAUAUAGAGUCUAAUAAUAUGGGGAUUUAAGUGAAGAAUCUCUUUUUUGGGCGGAAUUUUCUUGGAGAAUUGAAGAGAAAGGAACUGGGAUUAGUUUUUGUAUAGAGCGUCUUUGGGCUGCCUAAGGAAGAGGUACGAGAAGAUUGGAUUAUUCCUGAUAGUAUGGUAUAACUUUUCUUCAAAUUAUUGUACAAGUGUAAUUUUCAUGAUCAAUGAAGAUACUGUUUAAUUUA